CGGGGGGGGAGGGGCGGGCGGGAGGCGCAGGCAGCAGCGGCUGAGGCGGCGGGAGCAGCGGAAGGAUCACCGCCCGGCGGUCGCGUUAGGCCCUAGCGGCGCCGGGAGCUGCGCGAGACUCGGGAGCCCGCGCGCGCGCCGGCUUCCCCCCGGAGAUCUCCAUAGAGACCGUGACACGCACAGAGGCGGGUGCCCGCGGGCGGGCAGGCGGGCGGGCUGCGGGGCCCGGAGCAGGCGCCGCCGCCCCUUCUCCUCCUCCUCCCUCCUCCUUCCGCGCGCUCCCUCUCUCUCUCCCCCCUCGCCGGCCGGGCCUCGCGCUCCCUCUGGUGCCCGUGCCCCCGCGAGCGGGCCGGGCGGGCUCUUGGGCCGGGGCCGGGGGGUGGGGGGGCCGCUGAGGCCGCCGCCGCCGCCGCCGCCUCUCCCGCCCCUCCCCGCCCUCCCUCCUUCCCUUCCCCGCCCCGGAGCGGGAAGCGGCCGAGGCUCCGCCAUGGCCUCGGGAGCUGGAGGAGGGGGCGGCGGCGGCAAGAUCCGGACGCGGCGCUGCCACCAGGGCCCAACCAAGCCCUACCCGCGGGGACGGCAGCAGCAGCAGCAGCAGCAGCAGCAGGGCAUCCUUAGUAGAGUUACAGAAUCUGUUAAGAACAUCGUCCCAGCAUGGCUACAGAAGUAUUUCAACAAAAACGAAACUGCCUAUGUACAUUCAGAUGACAACAGGGAAUCAAGACAUUGGCAAGAGAAUACACAAAAUGAUCAUCUUUUAUAUACAGAUGAGGAAAACCCAAUUAUUAAUGAUGGGAGAAUCACUCCAGAUCCAGCGAUCAGUAAUACAGAAGAACCUUCAACAAGUAGAUCUGCUUUAAAUUAUCCGGAUGUUUUAACAAGGCCUUCUCUUCAUCGGAGCCACUUAAAUUUCUCCAUGUUGGAAUCCCCAACAUUACACUGUCAGCCAUCCACAUCCUCAGCAUUCCCAAUUGGCAGUUCUGGGUUCUCAUUUGUAAAAGAAAUCAAAGAUUCUACCUCUCAGCAUGAUGAUGAUAACAUCUCAACUACCAGUGGUUUUUCUUCCAGAGCUUCUGAUAAAGAUAUAGCUGUUUCAAAGAACACUUCAGGGCCACCGCUAUGGUCCCCCGAAGCUGAACGUACUCAUUCGCUCUCACAGCAUACUGCCACCAGCUCAAAGAAACCAGCAUUCAACUUGUCUGCCUUUGGAACACUUUCCCCUUCACUUGGGAAUUCUUCAAUACUUAAAACAAGCCAGCUCGGAGAUUCUCCUUUUUACCCUGGUAAAACAACUUAUGGUGGUGCUGCAGCAGCUGUUAGACAGUCUAAAAUACGAAGUACACCUUAUCAGGCACCAGUUAGAAGACAGAUGAAAGCCAAACAAAUUAAUUCACAAUCUUAUGGAGUAACUAGUUCAACAGCCCGACGUAUAUUACAGUCUUUGGAGAAGAUGUCAAGCCCUCUAGCGGAUGCAAAACGGAUCCCAUCUGCUUUUUCUUCUCCACUAUCUUCUCCCCUGGAUAGGAGUGGGUUAGACAUCGCAGAUAUUCAGGCUAAACGGAAAAAGAUGGAAUCCCACUGUCCUCCUGUUCAAAGACUCAUGACCCCAAAGCCAAUUUCUAUAGCAACCAGUCGGUCAGUGUAUUUUAAACCAUCUUUAACUCCAUCUGCUGAAACAAGAAAGACUAAUCAGAGAAUAGAUAAAAAGCACAAUAUUGGGCAUGAGAAAAAUCUAUCUCCGGGGCAAAAAGUAGAGCAACAUGAGAGUGAUUUUUCAUACCCAAACUUCAGUACACCUGCCACCAAUGGACUCUCUUCAGGAGUGGGUGGUGGUGGCAAGAUGCGACGGGAAAGAACCCGUUUUGUGUCUAAACUUCCUGAAGAUGAAGAGGAAGUGGAAGCACCAGUACUACCAAAAAUACCCCUGCCAAUUACUACUACUGCAUUGCCUGUCUUCAGUUUUUGCUCUUCUUUGAGUACCUCUUCCUAUCUAUCACCCAUCAGUGCUACACAGUCAUUGUCAAAUAAGGUACAAGCAGCCUCUCCAAAUAAUGCUGGCAGUCCUGUAUUCAGAUUUUCAUCUCCAAUUGUAAAAUCUACUGAGGCAGACAUACUACCUCCUACAUCUAUUGGAUUUACAUUUAGUGUGCCUGUUGUGAAAUCAUCAGAAAUUCCUGCCUCCAGUAAUAUUUCAGAAUCAACAAUAAGUAGUUCAGUUAAAGAUUCCACCACUAUAAAUAGCACAAGCAAUAAGAAGGAGGAAAAUGAAGAUUAUGAGGGCCCUUUCAGGCCUGCAAAAACCCUGAAAGAAGGGAGUGUACUGGAUAUUCUGAAAAGUCCUGGUUUCACAUCUCCAAAGACUGGUUCUCCUGCUGCUGUACAGCCUGCUACAACAAGCAUAGAAGUUUAUACCAGACCUGCAAUAAGUACCUUUUCUUCUAGUGGACCAGGGUUUGGUGAAACUUUUAAAGCUGGAACUACUUGGCAAUGUGAUACAUGUCUAGUGCAGAACAGAGUGACAGACAAUAAAUGUGUAGCCUGUCAAGCUGCUAAAGUGCCACCAAAAGAUACUGCUAAACAAACUGGAAUGACGACACCAAGUAACUCUGUACGAUCAGCUCUUCCCACAGCAGGGACUUUAGGUUUUGGAGACAAAUUUAAACCAGCAGUGGGAACUUGGGAUUGUGAUACCUGUUUAGUACAAAAUAAAUCUGAAGCUACAAAAUGUGUGGCUUGUGAAACACCGAAACCUGGGACUGGAGUUAAGCAAACCUUGACAUUGCCGGUGGCUUCAGAAAAUGCAGUAACUGUGACUCCUUCAUCUUCCAGUUAUACUCUCACUGAUACCUUGGGAUUUGGAGAUAAAUUCAAAAAACCCAAGGAUUCUUGGGAAUGUUUAGUGUGCUGUGUAUUGAAUAAAGGAGAAGACAGUAAAUGUGUGGCCUGUAUGUCUGAAAAACCAGGAGGAGGUUCAGUACCUGUGCCAUGUAGUAAUACAACUUCUGUUUCCAUGCCUUCUGGAGGAUUUCUAGGAUUGGACAAAUUCAAGAAACCUGAGGGAAGUUGGGACUGCGAAAUGUGCUUGGUACAGAACAAAGCAGACGACACAAAGUGUGUAGCAUGUGAAAGUGCAAAGCCAGGCACAAAAUCAGAAUUUGUAGGUUUUGGCACCCCUUCUUCAUCUUUAGACUGUGGAGCCCCAUCCUUCAAAUUUGGUAUUCCAGCAUCCAUUUCUGAGUCUUCUCAGAUGGUAGCAAGCACAGGAAGUUUUAAAUUUGGUGAACAAGGGGGCUUCAAAUUAGGCGUGUCAUCAGAUCCUGCAUCUUCAAACCCCAUGAGUGGGGGCUUUAAGUUUUCUAAACCUGUAGGGGACUUCAAGUUUGGAGUUUCAUCUUCUGACUGUAAAUCAGAAGAGAGUAAAAAAGACAGUAAGAAUGAUAACAAUUUUAACUUUGGAGUUCCUUCUUGCAUAAGCAAUCCAUCUACUUCAGUGUCAUUUCAGUUUGGGUCAUCCAGUUCUGGGCCACAAGAAAAGAAAGAGGAGCUUAAAACAUCUACAACAGCAGGCUUCACAUUUGGUACAAAUGUUACUGCUGGUCUCACCUCUUCUGCUGCCACUGUCACCAUGGCCCCCUCUGAGAAUAAGGCUGGAGUGGGUGGCUUCAGCUUUGGAUCCACUGAAACAAAAAAUAUGGCGGUGACUCCUUUUGCAUUUAAGAAGCCAGAGGAAAAUAAGGAAGAAACUCCUGCAGCCAAGGGAGGAGGGUUCAGUUUUGGCAGCGUGGAAUCGGCUUGUUUACCAUCUGCUUCAGUGUUUGUUAUGGGAAGGACAGAGGAGAAACAACAAGAGCCUGUUACCUCAGCUACUUCUCUAGUAUUUGGGAAGAAAGCUGACAGCGAGGAGCCAAAGUCUCAACAGGUGUUUUCCUUUGGGAAUUCUGAGCAAACCAAAGAUGAAAGUACAGCAAAACGUGCAUUUAGUUUUAACUUGACAAAACCAGUGGAAAAUCAAACUGAGCCGUCAGCAAAGGUCCUAUUUGCUUUUGGGACUCAGACUAAUACUACAUCUGAUCAAGGAGCAACGAAGACAGUCUUCAAUUUCUUGAGCAGUAGUUCCUCCAACUCAAAUGCACCAACACCAACUACUUCUAGUGGUGGUGGUAUGUUUGGGGGUAUCGCCUCUGCCUCCAACCCACCUGUUGCUGCCUUUAUGUUUGGACAGCCCAGCUCUUCAGGGACCAGUUCUGCCUUUGGUAACCCCACAGAUUCCAGUACAUCUCCGUCUUUUGUGUUUUCUCAAGAAAACAAACCAGCCACCACGUCUAGCACAGGUGUUGCUGUUGGUCCAUUUGUUUUUGGCACAGGAGCCAAUAGCAGUAACACUUCGUCCUCCACCUUCAGUUUUGGAGCUACAACACCGUCUGUCUCUGCAGGUUCCUCUUCCUUUGUAUUUGGUGCUGGGUCUUCAACAUCUUCUGCCAGUCCUGUAUUUGGUACCAGCCAGACCCCAGCAUUUGGACAAAGUACCAGUCAGUCUAGUACUCCAGGGUUUGGAUCGUUAUCAUCGUCAACAUUAUUUUCAUCUAGUUCCCAACCCUCAACCCCUGCUUUUGGGUCAGUGUCAAGUAGCAACCAACCUCCUGUCUUUGGACAAGCGCCUACUCAGCAACCUGGAUUUGGUUCUGGAACAACUUCUAAUUCUAGUUCUGUGUUCCAUUUUGGAAGCAGCACUGCAAAUUUCAACUUCACAAACAACAAUCCAUCAGGAAUAUUCACCUUUGGUGCAAAUGCUGGUACACCUGCCGCCUCAGCCCAGCCUUCAGGCUCAACAGGAUUUCCAUUUAACCCAUCUCCAGCAGCAUUUACAGUGGGGACAAAUGGAAAAAAUAUGUUUUCUACUUCUGGCACUUCAGUUUCUGGUCGGAAGAUAAAAACUGCUGUUAGGCGCAGGAAAUAAAUUUCAGAAUGGUGAUAGAAACAUCAAUUUUAACAACUUGUACUCUGCAUUCACUUACUUGUGCUGGGGUUUUUAAAAAUCAGUUCUGCUUAAGAACAUCUUUAAGUUUCAAAAGGUUUUUUCCUUCUCCCCCUACACCCUUCUUACCCUUCACCAACCAUUCUCUGCUACCUUCCUUUCUCCUUUAAAAAAAAUUAGCUAGAGCUGGUGACAGAGAGGUUCUUAAGCAAAAUUAUUUUAGGAUCCAGCAACUUCUUUAUCCACUGACUUGGCAUGGUCUGGCUAUAUAUAUGAGUGUAGCCUACACAGCAAAUGGCUUUGUAUAAUACCUCUUCAUCUGCACCAAUAUGUGCGCUAAUGUGCGUUAAUGGAACGCAUUGAAAUUGUAAUUUUAUCAGUGAGGGAUUCUGUAUAGAUUAGAGAAUGUUGAAAUGAAUGAUUUCUAUGCUGAGUUUGUGCUGGUGUAUGUGUGAAGUGAGUGAGUUGGGUGUAUUGUGCACUAAAAUUUUCUGAUAGAGGAAGACUGAUUAAAGAAUGGUCCAUGCUAAGGACUUGUUAGAUCUAGUUCUCCAUUUAAUAAUUAUAUGCUAUUUCUAUAUUUUCAUUCUUAUGGCUCCAUCACCUUGUCUCGCCUUUUCAUUAUUUUAUUAUGAAACUUGUGUAAAUACAAUUUUGUUUCUGUACGUACUUUUUGGCAUAACAUAAAUCUGUGAACUUGAAAUUUUAAUUUUGUGUGUUAACGACAUUUUUUUGUUUAGUAUUGUCUCAAGAUUUUAUUAUGUAAAUCCCAUUAUUCAAAGUUGCCUAAAUCCAUUUAGAAAAUCUUUAAAGAAAAUUGGAAAUUCUUAAAGUGAGUUUAUUGGCUUUUCUGAUCCAUUUUUGUUUGGACCAAAAACCAGUAUUGUACAAAGUAUUAAGUAUAUAUUUUUAUAUUUACUGAAAUGGACUGUGGUGACUUUGGAUAAUACGGAAAAGUUUAAUAUUAAAGCCAUGUUUAUUACAGUAUAAUUAACAUGUUAAACCAUGGGAUAAAUGCCAUCAAUAAAAAUUAUGAAAUACUUUUUGUUGCAGUUUUAAAUCAAAAUGAAGGUACACCAUAUUACUGGAAAAGCUUUCUGUAUUAAAGUUAACAAUUGUCUGAAUGAGAAGAUGGUAUACCUCUUCACGUGUUAGUUAAGAAAUUUUGAGAACAGGAGAAAUUUAAAUGCUGUAGUGAAUCUCUUCGAGAGUGGGGAGAUAACUACAUUUUGUGAAAUCCAGUUGGGUCCCCUGCAGCUUGUCAGAUCCCUGGAGAGCCUUGCCUAAUUUGCAUAUAAAUUUACAUAGGUUUUUUUUUUUUAAUUGUAAAAUAAACAUACACAACCAUUUCUGCUUGUA